AUGCCUCUCUCGAUUACCAUCUUUAAGAUCUACAUCCCCGAAGUCUUUCCCGCCCUAAAGAAGGUGGUGUUUCUCGACGACGACGUCGUGGUGCAGAAAGAUCUCUCGCCUCUGUUCUCGCUCAACCUGAACGGAAACGUCAAUGGUGCGGUCGAGACGUGCAUGGAGACAUUCCAUAGAUACCACAAGUACUUAAACUACUCCCACCCUCUCAUCCGCGAGCACUUCGACCCCGACGCCUACGGCUGGGCGUUCGGGAUGAACGUGUUCGACUUGGACGAAUGGAGGAGAAGGAACGUCACCGGCAUCUACCACUACUGGCAGGAGAAGAACGUCGAUAGGACUCUCUGGAAACUCGGCACCCUCCCUCCCGGUCUGCUGACCUUCUACGGAUUGACCCAGCCUUUGAGCCCUUCAUGGCACGUGCUGGGCUUGGGCUACACGAACAUCGAUCCACACUUGAUCGAGAAGGGAGCGGUCCUUCACUUCAACGGGAACUCGAAGCCUUGGUUGAAGAUUGGGAUGGAGAAAUACAAGCCCCUUUGGGAUAGAUUCCUCGAUUACAGUCAUCCGGUGAUGCAGCAGUGCAACGUCCGUUAGGUUCGGUUUCGAGAAUCGGAACCUCCCUACACUGGGAUGGAUAGAAGCCCCCUUGCUGGGGUAAGUUAAUUGAGAAACAGCAUUUAGUUUCUUGUUAAAUUAAUCUGUCUCUGCUUUGCCCAAGAAUUGUUGCUAUAGAUAUUUCUCAUAUUAAUCUCAAUCUCUUUGCUGGGAUAGUUUUAAACUGUGUCCAGAUUUUACGAGGGAAAGCGUAUCUGAUACUUGAAGGGAAGAUCAACCAACCCGAGUGAGCUUUUUAUCCUAAAACCAACUGGUGAUAAGAGGAGUGACU